AUGGUUAUCAACCGCCCCGGAAUUGCGUCCAUGUCCCUGGGCCGACCAUGGAUCCACGACCUUCCAGGCAAGCUCAUGCAAGCCGCUGCACAUGGCUUUGAGGGUAUUGAGCUCUUCUUCGACGAUCUGGACUGCUAUGCUCAGCGCACAUUUAACGGUGAUCACCUCGAGGCUUCCGUACAAGUUCGACGCCUUUGCGAGCGUCUCGGCAUGACUAUCAUCUGUCUGCAGCCAUUCUCCAUGUACGAGGGACUGCUAGACCGCGCCGAGUCAGACAAGCUGGUGACAGAGAAGCUGCCUAGAUGGUUCACCCUGGCGCGGGCGCUGGGCACAGACAUGAUCCAGGUUCCUUCCAACUUCCUUGGACCUGACCCUAAGACCGGUGCUCCCCGUACCACCGGAGAUCUCUCCGUGAUCGUUGCCGAUCUCCAGCGCAUCGCCGACUUGGGUGCCAAGGAGGGAUUCCGAUUUGUGUAUGAGGCUCUCUGCUGGGGUGACCACGUCGAUACAUGGGAGGCAUCCUGGGACGUUGUUCGUGGUGUUGAUCGCCCCAACUUCGGUCUGUGUCUGGACUCUUUCAACAUCGCUGGUCGCGUUUACGCCGACCCAUCUUCUCCCACCGGCCGUACCCCCAACGCCGCGGCUGAUCUGGCCGCCUCUCUCGAGCGUCUCCGCAACGCUAAGAUCGACCCCGCCAAGAUCUUCUAUGUCCAGCUCGUUGACGGUGAGCGCCUCGAUGCUCCUCUGGAUGAGAAGCACCCCUUCCACAUCGACGGUCAGCCCGUGCGCAUGUCCUGGUCUCGCAACGCCCGUCUUUUCCCCUUCGAGGAGUCCCGCGGUGGUUACCUUCCUAUCGUGGAUGUUGCCCGUACCUUCUUCGAUGACCUUGGUUUCCGUGGCUGGGUUUCUCUGGAGCUCUUUAGCCGUACUCUCGCCAACCCCGAUCCUUUCACCCCCACUGACCACGCCCGCCGUGGAAUCGACUCAUACCACAAGAUGGGUCGUCUGUUGAACUGGGAGGGCCAAACUGAGAAGAUCCCUGCUGCUCUUAAGGAGCCUUCUUCUCCGGUUCAGCACCGCCUGUAA